AUCGUGUCUGCCCUUCACGUCCGUCCACAUCCUACGAGGCUCUGCACCCAACCGCAGCACCACGAUGGCCCUGCUCAAGUCCAACAAGGUGAUCUACUGUCUGGGGAACAUCUCCCCGGCCCUGGGAGUCCUGUCCACCCGCAACAGCUCAUGGUGGGGUGGAGUGCAGAUGGGCCCCCCUGAUCCCAUCCUGGGGGUGUCUGAGGCCUUCAAGAAGGACACCAACCCCAAGAAGAUUAACCUGGGAGUCGGAGCCUACAGGGAUGACAUGGGCAAGCCCUUUGUGCUUAGCUGCGUCCGCAAGGCAGAGGCUAUUAUCACAACCAAACAGAUGGAUAAGGAGUACCUCGGCAUUGGUGGUUUGGGGGAGUUUUCCAAGUCCUGCACCGAACUCGCUCUCGGUGCUGGUAGUGAAGUCAUGAAGAGUGGGAGGUACAUCACCGUCCAGACCAUCUCAGGAACUGGAUCUCUGCGCAUUGGAGCCAACUUUUUGUCCCGAUUCCACGGAGGUCCACGUGGCGUGUACCUGCCCAAGCCGUCCUGGGGAAACCACACGCCCAUCUUCAGAGACGCUGGCAUGGAGCUCAAAGCGUACAAAUACUACGACCCGUCCACCUGCGGCUUUGACUUCAAAGGAGCUCUGGAUGACAUCUCUAAAAUGCCAGAGCAGAGUGUGAUCAUGCUGCACGCUUGCGCCCACAACCCCACUGGUGUGGACCCGAAGCAGGAGCAGUGGAAGGAGAUUUCUGACAUCGUGAAGAAAAAAAACCUGCUGGUGUUCUUCGACAUGGCCUAUCAGGGCUUUGCAAGUGGAGACAUCGACCGUGACGCCUGGGCUGUGCGCUACUUCAUCGAGCAGGGCCACAACAUCCUGCUGUCCCAGUCCUUCGCUAAAAAUAUGGGGCUCUACGGUGAGCGUGUGGGCGGCUUCACUGUGGUGUGUCACGACGCAGAGGAGGCGAAGAGGGUGGAGUCUCAACUUAAGAUCCUCAUCAGGCCCAUGUACUCCAACCCUCCAAUGAACGGCGCUAGAAUUGCAGCAACCAUUCUCAAUACACCAGAUCUGCGCUCGCUGUGGCUGGAGGAGGUUCAUGGUAUGGCUAACCGCAUCAUUAAGAUGAGAGAACAGCUGGCGGUUGGUCUGAAAAAGGAGGGCUCCUCCAAAAACUGGCAACACGUCAUCGACCAGAUCGGGAUGUUCUGCUUCACAGGCCUCAAACCCGAACAGGUUGAGCGCCUGACAAAGGAGUUCUCAGUUUACAUGACCAAGGAUGGCAGAAUUUCAAUGGCGGGCGUAACCUCUGGGAAUGUGGGCUACCUGGCACACGGGAUCCAUGUGGUCACCAAGUAGAGUGGAUCCUGCUGGGAGAUCUACGUAAUCACAGCAGCAGUGUUACCGAGGAGCAUUGCCCGUCACUUAUUCUCUGUCUCCUCCAUUCCACCGCUUAGAAAAGAGCUCUAUGUUUAGUUAAACAAUUUCUGAAUUGGAUUUGAUCAUGAGUUCAACUUUCUAGGUUUCUGAGUCAUUUCACUGAACAUACUCCCCAAAUUGUAACAUACAUCAUUUCUCCCACGACUGACGAAUCAUCAUUGCUUAUUUAUUAUGUGUUGGCUGUGCAUUGACGUCCUCCUAAAAGGGUGCUGUUCAUCUGCAGUGGGCCCACUCACUAUAAAACAUCCAGGAACCAACGUGGCAGUAAUGUCAGACUGUGCAUUAAGUUUGUGCACAAGUUGAGAUUUCUGUUAUUUGAAAGCCCGUUGAGAAUGUGAGUUCUUUUGUUUCUUAAUAUAAUGGUGAAGUCGUAGCACUUAAAAAUUUGAAAAAUGGCACCGUUAAAGUUUCAGGAUAAGACUAAAUAAAUCAGGGUAUUAAUUAACAUACAGACUAACCUGCAGCUGUCCAUCUGAACUAGCUAACCAUCCAGUAAUUUCCUCCUUCUCUUUGUUUGGGACAUCUCAAUCGUUCUCUUGUAUUCGGAACUUUUUCAGUGGGAUCUUGAACCAUCAUGGUUUUUAAUCUAGUUGGUGGCAGGGCAGCAGUCCUUUUCUUAAUGCCUGAUAGAAACAAGCACACAAGCCAAACACUGUUAAAGUUAAGCCACUUUGAAUGAAUUCCACAAUGGAGAUUUCUAUCCUCCAUAUUCCACCAGAGCCCUAAACUCAAAGUCCAAUAUAUAUAUUUUUUUCAAUAAAAAAUAAAUACAAAUCAUUCAGUCUUUGUGGUUAAUCAAAAUGACACGGGUAAGUGAUUGUGGUGAACUCCAGACAGUUCAUGAAGAAAUAUCCACCUACUGCUCACGUGUAUGUGUACAGUGUAUGAGUCUAUUCAUCAAGAAAUGUGGGGUUUGCCCCCAGCCUUCUCAUACUUCUGAAACCUCUGGCACUACGCCUCCAUGUUUUACAUUCUGUCAUAAAAUAAUGGCUAAUUGGGCAUGUAUGUUAUUGAACAAACAAUAAAUGGUUAUAGAAGAAUGA